CAACAACCUUACAACCACUGCUCCUCAUCAUGGCCGGGCGCAGCAAGAAGAAGGGCACCUCCGGGGCCGCCAAAAACUACAUCACCCGCACGCGCGCCGUCAAGAAGCUCCAGAUUUCCCUCCCAGAUUUCCGCCGGCUAUGUAUCUUCAAGGGCAUCUACCCCCGUGAGCCGCGCAACAAGAAAAAGGUCUCGCGCGGCUCCACAGCUGCCACCACCUUCUACUACACAAAGGACAUCCAGUAUCUGCUCCAUGAGCCGCUGCUGGCAAAGUUCCGCGAGCACAAGGCCGUCGCAAAGAAGAUUGGCCGCGCCCUCGGCCGUGGCGAAGCUGGCGAUGCAUCGCGCCUUGAGAAGAACCUCAUGCCCAAGGUCAAGCUCGACCACAUCAUCAAGGAGCGCUACCCCACCUUUGUCGACGCUCUGCGCGACCUCGACGACGCCCUAUCCAUGCUGUUCCUCUUCGCCAACCUGCCCUCGAGCGAGCACAUUCCCGCAAAGACAAUUGCCCUCUGCCAGCGCCUGACGCGCGAGUUUGAGCACUACGUAAUCACCUCGCACUCGCUCCGGAAGUCAUUCCUUUCCAUCAAGGGCAUCUACUACCAGGCUACUAUCCAGGGCCAGGACAUUCUGUGGCUCGUUCCCUACCGCUUUGUCCAGCGCACUGGAGGAGACAUUGACUUCCGUAUCAUGGGCACCUUUGUCGAGUUCUACACUACCCUCCUUGGUUUCGUCAACUACCGUCUAUACACCUCCGUCGGCCUCGUCUACCCACCAAAGUUCAAUGCCAAGAGCGACGAGCAAGGUGGAGAGUUGUCUGCCUUCCAGCUCCAAGGCAAGGUCAAUGCCACAAACGGUACCGCCAAUGGUGAUGCCGAGCAUGCUGACAUCAACCCGGAGGCGCAGGCAAUCGCCGACAAACUUGCUGCCAUGCCUGACGAUGAAGAUGCCCAGGAAUCAACAGCCCUAACCAAACGCAGUGAAGACGAUGAAGAAGAGGCCAAUGACGAGAUUGACAAGUUCGAACCAACUGCGCCCGACGCCGAUAUCCUGCCCCAACCACAAGCAAGCAGUGCCGAGGUUGCUUCGCUGUUUGCUCCCUUUACCUUCUAUCUCUCGCGAGAGACACCCAGAGCACCGCUCGAGUUUAUCCUUAAGGCCUUUGGUUGUAAGCGCGUUGGUUGGGACGGCACUCUCGGCGACGGCGCCUUCACCACAAACGAGUCCGAUCCCAACAUCACACAUCAGAUUGUUGACCGACCAGCGUUAUCAAACGGAGCGUCUGCACAAGAUAGCAAGAAUGGCGAUGCUGUUGUCCCCAAGGCCCAGUGGCCCUAUUCCAUGAUGCCUGGUCGCACCUAUGUCCAGCCGCAAUGGGUCUGGGACUGCAUCAACCAGAGCAAGCUGCUGCGUCCUGACCACUACGCCCCCGGUGCCGACCUACCCCCACAUCUGAGCCCAUGGGUGAAACCCAAGAAGGGCGAGUACGACCCCAACUUGCCUCUUGCAGCUCAACAGCCUGAGGGCGAGGCCGAGGCAUUCGAAGACGAGGACGAAGAAGAAGAUGCCGCCGUGGAUUCAGAUGGCGACGAGAACAUGGAUGCCAUUGUUGACCGCGACGGUUCCGUUGAGAUUGGAGAAGGCAUGGAUGUCGCCGAUUCUGAAGACGACAGCGAUGACGAUGACUCGGAUGAAGAGACUGGUGCUGCUGACGAUUUUGACGGCUUUGACUCAGAUGCUGAGUCGGAUAUCUCCGAGGGCGAGGCUGCCCGUCUUCAGCACCAACGUGAGCUCGAGGCUGAAGCCCUAGGCAAGAAAUUCGAGGUCAAGAAACCAACAAAGAAGGAGCAGAAUGCGGCCAUCCGCAAAAAGGCCGAGAAGAAGAGGCGUGAACAAGAGGAAGAGCGCGAGAGGCAAAAGAUGAUGUUGUCAAACAAGAAGCGCAAGUUGCUGAAGCGCAUCGAGUACGGCGAGAACAAGCGCGAUAAUGAGUCCGAGAACCUGCGCAGGAAGCGCGCAAGAGUUGAAAAGGCAAAGGCAGCUGCAGAGGCACUCUAGGCGUAUGCAUAUCUACAUGACAGCAAAAAAGCAGGGCAGGUCGGCGUUGAUUGGGACGGUGUUGUAGGCGCUCUACUCACGUAUUUUCGAAGUUGCUCUAUGUAGUCGAUUUUAAAAAAAAUACCACCAUUGACUGUUGUUGUCUACUACUACGGUCGUUU